AUGGAGAAAGAGUGUGUUGAUGAUGUUAUGGAAAUUGAAGUCCUUCCUUCAAUGUGGCCAGAAGAUAUUGCAAUGGAUGUUGGAAAACAGUUCAAUAUCGAAAAACCCGGAAAUGACCAAGGUGUGUUAGAAGAGAUUACAAUCAUAGAAGAACCAACUAUAGCCGAUUUCAAGCGUCUCAUGGAGCUAACAAAUUUCACCGAAAAAGGUUCUUCUCAAUUAGCCAACCUUAUGAAACACUGGGAGUAUAAACAAGCCAACGUCGCGCGUCUUCUAAGAGAAGAACUCGACAAUCUAAACAAACAACGAAAGGAUGUUGAGUUAAGGAAGUUGGAGAUACUGGAAGAGCAUAGGUUCGAGGAAGAAAGAUAUGGAGGCGAUAAACGGCCGGUUUCUAUAUUGGAUGAUGUUUAUGAUAUAUGGCAACAAGAUCAAGACAUACCUUGUAGAAAAAGUGAUGUUGUGGUUCAAAACAAGAGAAUUGAAAUUGAUGCCGAGUAUGAUACGGUUGUUUACUGGAAACAGCGAGCCGCGCACUUGGAAAAGCUUCUGGAGGCAAGUAUGAUGAGAGAAGAGUCUCUUGAACAGAAGUUGCAAGAGAGUAUUAAGAACUUUGAGAGACAAUCAUCACCUGUUGAAGAACUCUCUCAGAUUUUGAAGAGAGCAGAUAAUUUCUUGCAUUUUAUACUCCAAAAUGCUCCGGUUGUUAUUGGCCAUCAGGACAAAGAGUUGCGAUAUCGCUUUAUCUAUAAUCACUUUCCUAGUUUGCAAGAGGAGGACAUCAUAGGAAAAACGGAUGUUGAAAUAUUCACUGGAUCUGGUGUUAGGGAGUCUCAAGAUUUUAAGAUGGAAGUUUUAGAAAAAGGAUUGCCUGCCAAAAGGGAAAUCACUUUCGAGACAGAACUAUUUGGCUCGAAGACAUUCUUGAUUUAUGUAGAACCUGUCUUCAGCAAGACAGGAGAAACAAUUGGAAUCAAUUACAUGGGAAUGGAUGUAACAGAUCAGGUGAGAAAAAGAGAAAGAAUGGCGAAGAUUCGCGAAGAGAUAGCUGUUCAAAAAGCGAAGGAAACAGAACUGAAUAAAACCAUUCACAUCACAGAGGAAACUAUGAGAGCAAAACAAGUUCUGGCAACAAUGUCACAUGAGAUAAGAUCUCCACUGUCUGGUGUUGUUAGCAUGGCUGAAAUUCUUUCCACCACAAAACUUGAUAGGGAACAACGACAGCUCUUGGAUGUCAUGUUAUCAUCCGGAGACUUGGUUCUUCAACUUAUAAAUGACAUACUUGAUCUUUCCAAGGUUGAGUCAGGAGUAAUGAAGUUGGAGGCUACAAAAUUUCGACCGCGAGAGGUAGUAAAGCACGUGCUUCAGACAGCUGCAGCAUCAUUGCAGAAAAUAUUAACCUUAGAAGGACAUGUAGCAGAUGAUGUGCCUAUCGAGGUUACUGGCGAUGUAUUAAGGAUUAGACAAAUCCUCACAAAUUUAAUCAGCAACGCCAUCAAGUUUACACAUGAAGGCAAAGUUGGGAUAAGCCUUUAUGUUAUGCAAGAGCCAAUUUUUUCAAAAGCUGAAAGCAUACAAAAGAUUACAUCAUGCCAAUCAACCAUUUCUCUAAAUGUAAUGAAAGAAGAAAAAUAUCUCUCAACACCUCAAAACGAAUGCUCGAUGAAUGGAGAUAAGGAGGAUCAACAUCACUCAGCUGAAACAAGCGUGUGGAUAGGUUGUGAUGUAUAUGAUACAGGCAUUGGAAUACCAGAAAAUGCAAAACAUAGUUUAUUUAAAAGGUACAUGCAAGUCAGUGUAGAUCACGCACGAAAGUACGGAGGUACAGGGCUAGGACUAGCAAUAUGCAAACAAUUGGUUGAGUUGAUGGGGGGUAAUCUAACAGUGUCUAGCAAAGAACAGCAUGGUUCUACUUUCACAUUCAUUCUGCCAUACAAGGUCUCAAUUGCUUGUGAUAGUUCUGAUUACUCCGAUGAAUUCUCAGACAUGGAGCAUAACGAAGCCGCUUCUGAUGAUACAACAACAGAAGGUUUCUUCCAAUUCCAAACAAACCGAACUCACAAGCUAUCGCCACACAAAUUCAGUGGAUUUUCCGAGAGUUCAUUCUCAUUUCCUGCUAUUUCAAAUGACAUCAUAUCAAAAGGGACGUGUUCGUUCGAUGAUUCAUCUUCAGUUGUUGACGCCUCAGAUAUGUCUGAAUCAGCUAGUUCAUCUAGUAAUAAACACCAUCUGUAUAACACUCAUGCAUGGUUUCAAAAUGGUAGUGCAGAUUCUUCUCAGAAUAUGGUGGUAAACACAACUACUGAAUGUGUUAGUAGAAGUAGUAAAUCAGAAGUAACCAAAUCCAUAUCUAAGCCUAAGAUCCUUCUUGUGGAAGAUAACAAGAUCAACAUCAUGGUGACACAAUCCAUGAUGAAGCAGUUGGGUCAUAACAUUGAUGUUGUCACUAAUGGAGCUGAAGCCGUGCGAGCAGUACAACGCUGUACUUAUGACCUGGUUCUGAUGGACGUGUGCAUGCCGGUUAUGGAUGGACUUCAAGCAACAAAAUUGAUUCGGUCUUUUGAGGAAACAGGAAAUUGGGAUGCUGCUAAGAAUGCUGGAAUCGAGCAAAAUGUACUAGAUCGAGACUAUGAAAGUUCUGUUCCAUCGACAAAGCGAACUCCCAUUGUUGCGAUGACAGCAAAUGCUUUGUCAGAGAGUGCAGAAGAGUGUUUUGCUAAUGGUAUGGACUCAUUUGUAUCAAAACCUGUGAGUUUACAAAAACUGAAAGAGUGUAUUGAACAAUAUACUUAA